UGCCCGGGCAGCGUGGCUGCACAAACCCCCCUGGCCGCGGUGGCCGAGCCCAUUCAGCUCCAGCGGCCUGCGGCUAAUCCGAGCUGAUGCCUGGCUGCGUGGCGCGGGCGGUGUCCGGUCGGGGGUUUUGGGAGAAGCCCAGCUCCCUGCUCCGCUGGGGCAGCAAGGCACCCCUCCCAAGGGACCCCCGGCUUGUCCUGCCCGGCAGGUUCCUGCGGGACGACUACUCCAUCCAGGUGGCCAUCAAUGACUACCUGGACAUCUACUGCCCGCACUACGAGGGGGCGGUGCCCGCCGGCCGGGCUGAGACCUUCACGCUCUUCAUGGUGGAUCGGGAGGGCUAUCGCGGCUGCUACGAGACCCCCGGCGCCUUCAAGCGCUGGGAGUGCAACCGGCCCCGGGCGCCCUUCGGGCCCGUCCGAUUCUCCGAGAAGAUCCAGCGUUUUACCCCCUUCUCACUCGGCUUCGAGUUCCAGCCGGGGGAGACCUACUACUACAUCUCCGUGCCCAGCCCCGAGAGCGCCGGGCGAUGCCUGAAGCUUCGCGUCACCGUCUGCUGCCGAGGCACCACGCCAGAGCCGGUGACAGAGGUGCCGAAUUCGCAGCCCCGAGGGCGCGGGGGCCCCGAAGAUGUGUCUCCUGCCCGGGGCACCGCGGUCCCAUCACAGCCCUGCACCCCAUGCCUGACGCUCGUGCUCCUGGCCCUGCUCUGGAUCUGACCCCGGCGCUGUCCCUGGCGGGGGGAUGGGCUCCUCUGCCCCAACGCCGCUUCCAGAGUCUUCCUCCCAGCCAAACCCCCGAGCCCGUGGGGCAGCCCCAGGCCAUGACCCGCCUGCUGGACCUCCGCAAAGCCGAGCUGGGGCCGGGAGCUCCGGGCUGGAAGGUGAGGGGCAGCGGGGAGCUCCGGGGCACUGGGUGAGCACCUGCGUGCUGCCCUGAAGCAUCCCUGGACGGGGCUCUCUCCCUGCCAGGGCCAUCGCAUCGCCGCACGUCGGGAUUGCCGCGAGUCCUCGCGCUGGGAUUGCCACACCCCGGCACUGCCCCACCGGCCACCGGCCCGGCUCUGGGGUCCCCUCAGCGAACGCCUGCUCUGCCCCACGGCCAUCACCUCAUCUCGUGCCUUUCCCCACGGACCCCCUCCCCUGGGGCCCAGGGACCCCCGACCCCGGAGCGGGGCAGCUCCGAUGGCGGCAUCCGCCGCUGCUGUGUCCUCCUUCGGCGAGGACACGCUGAUCUGUCUUCUGGGAAGACGCCUUCCUCCAUGCCCUCAGUUUGGUUUUAACCCUUGGUAGUGACUGAGCAAUACAAUAUUUGCAAGAUC